CUGUGUAUUCAACAAAUUUAAACGAUUACACGUUUUAGCAGUCGUACGUCUCCUAUUAAACAAAAAACGUCUUGAAAUUUGAAUUGACCUCAAUAGAGAAUCAUGCUUUUGGAGCCGCGAACCGUCCCCUGCGGAAGCCAGCUUUAUAACCCAUAGGGAGCAGUUAUGAGCUGGUAGCGUUCGCAGCCAUUCCAUAGUCGGAGUGGAGCACUAUUUGGCACUUUUCUGUGCGUCUCGAACGCUCUGAUGGAGGCGGAAAGAUCCGGCGGGGUGGCGGGUGGAACGAAUCAGAGCGCUGCAGGAAGCGGAGCGGGGCGCAAUCCGAACGGGCCGAAGGCUAUGCUCGGUCCCGCUCCCACCGCAGCAGCCGCCGCGGCGGCCGGGGCUAUGGCUGGAUCCUCCCAGCCGCGAGAUCCGCAGGACGGGGACGCGGGCCUCUCGUUGCCCGGGAUCUUACAUUUCAUCCAGUAUGAAUGGAGCCGCUUUCAAGCCGAGAAAUAUCGCUGGGAGGCCGAACGAGACGAGCUGAGGGCUCAGGUGGCGUUUCUGCAGGGUGAGAGGAAAGGUCAGGAGAACAUGAAGCAGGAUCUGGUGCGGCGAAUCAAGAUGCUGGAAUACGCUCUGAAACAGGAGAGGGCCAAACAUCAGAAGCUGAAAAGUGUUACUGACCAGAGCCCUGGAGAGAAGAAACCAGAGACAGAAGCUGAACCAAUACCCAAUGGGCCUGCAGAUUCAGAUUCGGAACCAACCAAUCAGAUGCCUUGGAAGGAGGGCCGUCAGUUAUUGCGCAAGUAUCUGGAGGAGGUGGGAUAUUCUGACACCAUCUUGGACAUGCGUUCCAAACGUGUUCGUUCCCUGUUGGGUCGCAACAGCCCAGAGGCGAAUGGGCCUCCUCCCAGCGAACCGCCCACAGAACCAGAACCUCACAGUGGAGGAGAGUCACUACUAGUGCGCCAGAUAGAAGAGCAAAUCAAACGACGUGCUGGAAAAGAGAGCUCUAAAGAACGGUUGGGAAGCUCUGUCCUGGAUAAGAUUCCUUUCCUUCGUGGCUGUGAGGACGACGAUGAGGAUGACAGUGAUGAAGAGGAGGACUUCCAGGGCAUGACUACAGACUGCAUUGACGGACGCAAAAACAAGAAGUCCAGGAGCAAGAUGGGUGGAGAAUCCAUGACCACAGAUCUUGACCCUGAGGAUGACGAUGAUGAAGAUGAUUCUGAGGACGCUCUGGGCGAGUUUGAUUUCUUGGGCUCAGGAGAGGAAGGAGAAGGGGCGGGAGAAGCUCGCAUAUCUGGAGAUGGCCGUGAAUUAGGUUCAGAAAACCGCCGGAAUAAGUUGCAAGGCAUUAUGUCAGAUUUCCCGCCCAGACCCACUCCACCUCCUACUAUCCCGGGCCAGACACGCUCCGGAGAGGGGGGAGCUCUUGGAUUCUCAUCUGAUGUCUUCAUUCUGGAUGCGGUUGGAGGAGGGGAUAUGAACCUUGGAGAGCUGGCUGACCUCACUGUUGCCAACGACAAUGACCUCACCAUUGACUUGCAGGACAGUCGAGAAGAGUUCAAAAAAACGUGGAACCCUCGCUUCACGCUACGAAGCCACUUCGACGCCAUCCGAGCGUUGACCUUUCACCCCAGCCAGGCCGUGCUGCUGUCUGCCUCUGAGGAUGGAACACUCAAACUGUGGAACCUCAAUAAGGCAAUGCACUCCAAAAAAAAUGCAGCGCUGGACGUUGAGCCCAUUUAUACAUUCAGAGCACACAGUGGUGCUGUUCUUUCUCUGGCUAUGGGGGAGGAAGGAGAAUCAUGCUUCAGCGGCGGUCUGGAUGGCACCGUUCGUGGCUGGAAGAUUCCCGACCUUAAUGUAGAUCCUUACGACAACUAUGAUCCCGGCGUGGAGAGCAGCGUGUUGUCGGGCCAUGAGGAUGCGGUGUGGGGUUUGGCCUACUCCUCCAGCCUGAAGCGUUUGGCCUCCUGCUCUGCAGAUGGGACUGUACGGAUCUGGGACCCCCAUAAUUCCUCACCGUGUGUGUCUGUUUUCAACAAGGAGAAAGAACAUGGCACUCCCACCUCGGUUGCCUUUGUAAACUCCGACCCAUCCCAGGUUGUUGUGGCCUUCGAUGGGGGCGAGACUCUGCUUUAUGACCUCAACACAGAGCAAAGCAUCAUGGUCUUGGAGAACCAGGCUAAGGAUGGCAGCGAGCUGAUUAACUGCGUGGUCAGCCAUCCGUCCCAACCGAUUUCCAUCACAGCCCACGAGAACCGCACCAUCCGCUUCCUGGACAAUAAGACAGGGAAAGUGAUCCAUUCCAUGGUGGCUCACCUGGAUGCUGUAACCUGUCUCGCCACAGACCCUAAAGGCGCUUACCUCAUCUCCGGCAGUCAUGACUGCUCUGUGCGGUUGUGGAUGCUGGACAAUCGCACGUGUGUGCAGGAGAUCACAGCACACAGGAAAAAACACGACGAGGCCAUUCAUGACGUGGCCUUCCACCCCUCGCAGCCCUUCAUCGCCAGCGCAGGGGCCGACGCGCUUGCCAAGAUCUUCGUUUGAUUUUCUCACUGGGGAUCCACCUUCACUACUGGGCCACAAGAAUGAAACGCCGAGUAUCUGCACACACACACACACACACACAUGCUCACUAAAUGUGAGGAACGAUGUUCUACACAUCACUGCCUGUGUUAAAGGCACUCGACUCGAUAACCUAUCAUUUUUUUAUGCCUCACACGUUGUGAUACAAACUCUACUGCUUUCAAUACUAAUGAGUUUGCUGCUCAUGUCCCGAUUUCAGUUUUAGACUACACUACUAAUAAUCUGCACAGUGUGUUGCGAGGGAUGUCCAAUCUGUUGACGGAUGGACCCAUGCAAACACACACACCUUAACACAACUCACACCCUGGAUUUUAAUUUCAUGCUCGGUUUAGGUUGAGGAUUUGAAGGCUCUCGGUAAACAAGACAUUACCCAAGCCUGCACAUUUUCUCGAUGUAAAUUGCAUUAGUGCUAAUCUGUGAAUUAAUGUCCUCGCGUAACUGUUGCCUAGUAACGUGAGGCGAUCGAUGCAUUUCAUUCCAAAGACUGCUUUAGAUGAGUUUUUUUGGUUGCGUUUUAGCUGCAAGUACAACACAGCUUUACCUUUAGCCUCACAGCUAAGAGCCUUAGUGUUUCAGCCUUUCGUAAUCAGUUCCACACAUCUCAUUCUUAUGACGAGUACACUUUGAACUAAAACCGUGCGUUUGUGACGGUGCUAGCACAAGCACCGUAUCCAAUCAGGUGGCGUUAUCCGUAAUAGUCAGGUGACUGUUUAGUAGUGUAUUUAUUGUAGUGUUCGGUAUCAGUUGGAAGACUUUUUGGGAAGAUCUGCAGUUGGAUGCGUAACUGAUUUCUGUAUUUAAGCAGGAUGCGCUGUAAAUAGCACACUUGACUCACAACCUUGGUGCUAAGAUCUCCUCUGAAUCAGGGACCUGUUCACGACGAGGGUCGUAAAGUAUCAAAUCUCGGUUGAUGCCUGCCAUUCCUCGGAGUCAUCACGUACGGUUCUUUGGCAUUUCAGAAAUACAGCCCAUGCUUCGGGAAUUUCAGAGUGCUUCUGGUGUGCCGAAGUGGCUUUUAAGGUUUUUGUCAGGGUAUUUUUAAGACGGUAAACUCGAUAUCCAUUAAAAAAAUUGAAACCAACUACAAGUUCCAGUGUUUUAGUACAGCUGUAUUGUCAAUUUCUGAGUUUUUGGACAUCUGUGAUCUCGACCCAAGUCAUUUUUCCUGAAAAGUGGAGAACGAAGCAAAGCUCGAAAGGGCAUUUUAAGCGAUGAGAAACUAGUACCCCCCCAGUUUUCAGUUGACUUACCAAAAGUCAAAGCCCAGUGGUGGAACUUGGACAAAUUCAAAAAGUCCUCUUAAUGGGUUUUGUGCCAUCAGUCAAGGCAAGACACAGGGUGUUUCAGAGUAAAGCUCAUAUGGGCUCUUUGAGUGAAAAUAAAAGUGGGGCACCUUGCUUUUUAUUGGCUAAGCAAGCAAUCAAGAUGCAACUCUGAAACUGAUGAAGAAUCAAACCUGAAUCUGAUCUUCAGGUUUCUUAGUUGGAGGGAGCCUGGUCUUGAGGUCUGGAUAUCAAAGGUCACAUCUUGUAUUAGCCAGUUUCCGUUUUGCUGGGUUUAUUUUUUAUGCUUUACUGGUUUUCCGUGGUCUUAGACAAGUGGCCGGAAGGCAAGUCAGAAGCAACAAAAAGACUGAUGGGCCAUAAAGAGCGCUCUUGCAUAAUGGAGCCAUGUCAGUUCUUAACCAGACUUCCUCUAUCCAGAUUCACGCCAUCCAACCAACUCA